GGUCACUGGGAUUUCCAACAUUUUGCUACUUGGAGCAAUCCAGACAGUUCCACAGCACUGGAGGAGGGUUGACAGAGAAGCAAAAGAGCCAGUCCACCCACACUGAGAGGCAAGAGCAGGAGACAGGAGACAACUCUGGACAAUGGCCUCAGAGAUCCACAUGCCAGAACCCAUGUGCCUCAUUGAGAAUGUGAACGGCCAGCUGAUAGCCAACCAGGAGGCCCUGGGGAUCCUGUCUGCCAUCAAGCAGCCUGUGGUGGUGGUGGCCAUCGUGGGCCUCUACCGCACGGGAAAAUCCUACCUGAUGAACAAGCUGGCUGGGAAGAACACAGGCUUCUCUCUGGGCUCCACCGUGCAGUCUCAUACCAAAGGGAUCUGGAUGUGGUGUGUGCCUCAUCUUGAGAAGCCAGACCGCACCCUAGUUCUGCUUGACACCGAGGGCCUGGGGGACGUAGAGAAAGGUGACAACCAGAAUGACUGCUGGAUCUUUGCCCUGGCAAUACUUCUGAGCAGUACCUUUGUGUACAAUAGCAUGGGAGCCAUCAACCAGCAGGCCAUGGACCAACUGCAAGAAACUAGUACUGACCUACCUCAGUGCUAUCACCAGUGGGGCUCUGCCCUGCAUGGAGAAUGCUGUUCUGGCCUUGGCCAAGAUGGAGAACUCAGCUGCAGUGAAAAAUGCCAUUGCCCACUAUGACCAGCAGAUCAGCCAGAAGGUGCAGCUGCCCACAGAAACCCUCCAGGAGCUGCUGGACCUGCACAGCACCAGUCAGAGAGAGGCCAUAGAAAUCUUCCUCAAGACCUCCUUUAGAGAUGAAGACCACCUAUUUCAAAAGGAAUUACUGGCUCAGCUAGAAAAAAGAUGGGAUGACAUUUGCAAACAGAAUGUCAAAGCAUCAUCAGAUAGGUGCUCGGAGUUGCUUCGAAAUAUUUUUGGUCCUCUGGAAGAAGCCUUGACAAAGGGAGUUUAUUCAAAGCCAGGAGGAUAUAUUCUCUUCACUGAGGAGAGAGAACAGCUGAAGAAAAAGUACCUUCAGGAGCCCAGGAAGGGCAUACAGGCUGAAGAGAUGCUGCAGGCUUACUUGCAGUCAAAGGAGGCUGUGACUGAGGCGAUUCUACAGAGAGACCAGGCUCUCACAGAAAAGGAAAAGGAGAUUGAAGUGGAACGUGCAAGAGCUGACUCUGCACAGGCUGCUGUAAAGAUACUGGAGGUAAUGCAGAAGAAGCAUGAGCAGAUGAUAGAAGAGAAAGAGAAGAGUCAUCAGGAAUACGUGAAACACUUGGCGGAGAAGAUGGAGAGGGACAGAGCUCAGUUAAUGGAGGAGCAGGAGAGGAUUCUGGCUCUUAAACUGCAGGAACAGGAAAGAUUGCUCAAGGAGGGAUUGAAAGAAGAGAGCAGAAAGCUUCAAAAUGAGAUUCGGAUUAUGGAGAUGAGAAAUAGAGAAAAAGAAGCGGAAUCCGCGCAGGCUGCCACAAAGAUGUUGGAGGAUAUGCAAAGGAUGGAACGGCACAUAAUGGCGCAGAAAGAAGAGAGUCGACAGAAGUUCAUGAAGCAACUACCUGAGAAGCAAGAGGCUCUUGAAUGCCAGAUUUCCGUGGCGCCAGGGCCUAUGAAAGCCCCCAUAUGUCUAGUGGAAAACAAGAACAAGCAGCUGUCGGUGAAUCCGAAAGCCGUUCAGAUCCUUAACAGUAUCUCUCAGCCUGUGGUUGUGGUGGCCAUUGUGGGAAUGUACCGCACCGGAAAAUCAUACCUGAUGAACUGCCUGGCGGGGCAGAACCACGGCUUCUCCCUGGGCUCCACAGUACAAUCUGAAACCAAGGGCAUCUGGAUGUGGUGUGUGCCCCACCCCAUGGAGCCAAAGCGCACCCUGGUCCUCCUGGACACCGAGGGACUGGGUGAUGUGGAAAAGGGGGACCCUAAGAAUGAUGCAUGGAUCUUUGCCCUGGCCGUGCUUCUGAGCAGCACCUUUGUCUACAACAGCAUGAACAGCAUCAACAACGAUGCCCUGGAAAAGCUGCAUUUUGUGACAGAGCUCACAGAGCUAAUCAGAACAAAAUCCUCCCCAAGAACUGAUGGGCUAGAAGAUGCCAGAGAUUUUGUGAGUUUCUUUCCAGACUUUAUCUGGACCGUACGGGAUUUUACUCUGGAGCUGAAGUUAGAUGGUCACUGCAUCACGGAAGAUGAGUAUCUGGAGAAUGCCUUGAAGCUGAUUCCAGGGAAACAUCCCCAAAUCCAAGCAUCUGAUCAGCCCAGGGAAUGCAUCAGACAAUUCUUUCCUAGACGGAAGUGCUUCGUCUUCGACUGGCCGGUUUGUGACCCAGAACUCUUAACCAUGAUUGAGCAUAUACCAGACAGCCAACUGAACCCUAAAUUCUGGAAGCAGUCAAAGACUUUCUCUUCUUACAUCUUCACCUAUUCGAGAACCAAGGAACUCAGAGGGGGAAUUGUGGUCACCGGGACCCGACUGGGGACUCUCGUGGAGACCUACGUGGAUGCUAUUAACAGCGGAGCAGUGCCUUGUCUGGACGAUGCGGUGACAACCCUGGCUCAGCGUGAGAACUCCAUGGCUGUGCAGAAGGCAGUUGACCACUACAGUGAGCAGAUGGUCCAGCGAGUGAGUCUCCCCACAGACACGCUCCAGGAGCUGCUGGACAUGCACACAGCCUGUGAGAGGGAAGCCAUUGCUAUCUUCAUGGAGCACUCCUUCAGGGAUGACAGACAGGAGUUCCAGAAUAGGCUGGUGGUCACCAUAGAGACAAGGAAGAAUGAUUUCUUGCUGCAGAAUGAAAAAGCAUCCAUCACACAUUGCCAGGCUGAGCUGCAGAAGCUUUCGGGGCCCCUCAUGGAAAGCAUUUCCAGAGGAGCUUUCUCUGUUCCUGGAGGGCACAGCCUCUACUUAGAAGCCAAGAAGAAGGUUGAGCAGGGCUACGAGGGGCUGCCCAGGAAAGGUGUUAAGGCAAAUGAGGUACUCCAGAACUUUCUGCAGUCCCAGGCCACUAUAGAAGACACUAUCCUGCAGUCAGACAAAGCCCUCACUGACAGACAGAAGGCCAUAGCAGCUCAACAGGCCAAGAAGGAGGAGAUGGAGAAGAAACAGGAACGUUUGAGACAGAAACAGAAGGAGCAAGAGGAAAUGAUGGAGGCUCAAAAGAGAAGCUUCAGAGAAAACAUUGCCCAACUUCAGGAGAAGAUGGAGAGGGAAAAGGAGAUCUUUCUGGUAGAGCAGUGGAGGGUAAUGGAUCACAAGAUGAAGGUUCUACAAGAAGCACUUAAUGAAAAACUAGAGGAGCAAUAUGAAGACCUAAAGAGAGAACUGAAGCUACGAGAAGAAGAGCUUAAAGCAACUAGACGCAACCCAGUUUCAGAGAUCCUUGAAAGAGCUGGCAGUGUAUUAGUUAGCGCACUGCCUCUAUUAGCCAGUGUGGGGAUGACAAUACUAAAAAGCCAAGAAUUACUUUGAGAUAUAUCAAAAGAGUGGUUUUUUGUAGUGUUUUCACCGUGGCUCAUUUUUGAAGUGUGCAUGUCAUCAAAGAUUCAUUCUGAGCAGUUUAAAAUUAAGGGUGAUGACCAAAAGGCAUAAAAAAAAAAAGACAGCUACUUCACCUAAAUCAUAGAAAACUAAAGUUUGAUUGAAUAAAUUGAAAUCAUUCAUGGAAGAGAUUUAAUCAAGGUAUAAAUAAAAAUGGUAAGGUGAAGAAAUACAUGCUUAUAGUUCAAAUUUCACUGCUACCUGGACUUUAUGAUCAGCUUUUGUGAGAAGAGAUGACCAGCCCCAUUUUAAUAGGCAGACAUAUGAGAAAAGUUAUGCUUGCUGGUAAUAAAAUCAUGCAAAGUAAAACUAAAAUGUUCUUGUUUUAUCUGUGUUAUGGGAAAGAAAGAAGAGUGUGAUGGAACCUGAGCUGGCCAGGGCUUGGUGAAGUCAACAGUCUCUCAUAUUUGAUACUGAGGCGUGAAGUGCCAUAGUUAAACAUCAAAAAUGAUCACGCACACACUUCUGAUAUGGAAAUUUCACAUUUAGGAAUGCCUCUCAUAGGUCAUUUACCUGAGAUAAAAAUGACUUUUGCAGCUGGGCAUGGUAGCACAUGCCUUUAAUCCCAGCACUUGGGAGA